GAAGCUGAGUAGCACAAGGCCCGUUUGUCAGUGAAUUCCCGUUCUAUAUGUUUUAUAUCUGCGUGGGACGCGACUCCCCCGCGGGGUCAAACGGGCACGUGAACGCAUCCGGGAAGUAUAAGGGGGAGUGAAGUCGACGUUGUUGUUGUCGUCGCUUGUGCUGCCUUCGCCCCCUGGUCACAUCGGCUCGCUGACAGGGGGAGCGUAUUCUCGGUACAGGCCCGAGGCUCUUCACCGGUGCUUGAAUGGCGGCGGCGGCAGCGAGAUCGGUGGCGGCGGGCGGGCCCGCGUCUUUGUCGCGGUUUCGAGGGUCGCUGGUCGCCGCCGUGCUGGGAGACUGCGUCGGCGGGGAGUUUGAAGGAGCGGAGGAUGUUCCCGUGGAGAAUGUGCUGCAGCACCUAAACAGCCUGGACGACGAGAGUAAAGGAAGCGGUAUCCUGGAGUACAGUGAUGACACAGCCAUGGCUCGCUGCGUGGUCCAGUCCCUUCUCACCCGUGCCAGCUUUGAUGAGCAGGAUAUGGCUCGCAGGUUUGCCAAGGAGUACAGCUCAUCCCCAGGCAGAGGUUACGGUUCUGGGGUGAUCCAGGUGCUGAAGAAGCUGUCUUCCCCCCAGCUCAGUGACGUGUACCAGCCGGCCAGGGACCAGUUUAACGGACGAGGCUCCUUUGGGAACGGCGGGGCCAUGAGGGCGGCGCCCUUCGCACUGGCGUUUCCUGACCUGGCUGAUGUGAAAAGAUUUGCGCGUCUGGGCGCCAUGCUAACCCACUCCUGCUCUCUGGGUUAUAAUGGAGCAGUGCUGCAGGCGCUGGCUGUGCACCUCUCUCUGCACGGGGCUCUGAAUUUACCUCAGCAGUUCAUCGACAGGCUGAUCGCAGAGAUGGAGGAAGUGGAGUGUGACGAGGCAGUGCAGAAUGAUGCCAGGAUCCUGAAGGAGGCAGAGAAGCCAUUCUGUGAACGCCUGCACAGAGUUAGAGACCUGAUGAACAGGAGCAAGGUCAGCAUUGAGGAGGUUAUAUCUGAACUCGGUAACGGCAUCGCAGCUCUUCACUCAGUGCCCACUGCCGUCUUCUGUGUCCUGCACUGCCUGCAGCCCCGGGAAAUCUUUCCAAAUAGCUACGGCGGUGUGGAGAGGACAAUUGCAUACAGCCUGGCCCUGGGAGGGGACACAGACACCAUAGCCUGCAUGGCUGGAGCCAUUGCUGGAGCCCACUAUGGCCUUGAGACCAUUCCUCAGUCCUGGAUAAGAUGCUGCGAAGGGGCAGAAGACGCAGACGUAAGUGCAGAACGGCUUCACAUGCUCUACCACCAAUCAUCACAGGGGGGCAGGAGCAGCUGUGAAGGCUCAUCCAAAAACUCUUCUAAUGGUUCAGAGAAGAAAACUGGAGCGAAAUAAUGCUUCAGCAGCAUUUUAACAGCCUGUAUGUUGGAAGCAGCUGGGAGAACUUCAUGCUUACCCAGCAUAAUGACUUUUACAGAGAGAUGCAGCAGAAAGUUGUAAAGAAAUGGAUGUUGAAUAUAAAAUAAACAUCACACCUGAACAGACAACAGCACGUAAAUGUCAAGAUAUUGUUUUUCUAAAAACUCCAUACGUUAAAAAUUUAUCAGAUAAGCUAUUUUGAGUUAAACAUAAAUUUGGUCUGCAUAUAAAUGUACAUGCAAUGUUUUAGCUGGUGUUCUCGGCUCCUCCUGUUUUGUCCUGAAAUAUUGUCUCAUGUGAAAAGUGCACCAUGAAUCAGCUGUGUCUUUUGAUGGAUAAAAAAAGUAAUAAAUAAUUUACAAAUUGCA